UCCGUGCCAGGGACGGCUUUACGUGAUGACUUGAUACGUUUCAUUCUCGCGUCCUACGUACGCUCUUGCUACUAUGCUAAGUGCUAGCUGAGAAGCUACAUUCUGUAGCUCUGCUUGUUGUUGUCACUUGAGGACAGACUAACUGAACAUACCGGUCUUAACUAACGUAUCGAAGCCGUUUAUAUUAUCCAGAGCGUCUGAGUGUCCGUGUAGGGCCGUAAUCAUGGCUCUACAAGGCCCGGAGGAGUUGGGGGAGCAGGUCGAAGAGCCGGAGGAUCUGGACGACCAGGACGCGAGUAGCAUCUCGCCGGCCGAGGAGAUAACCAUGCCUCCCGGGCCCGGGGGCGACGAAGAGCCGGAGGAGGCUCUCCUGCUACCCUGGGACCGCUUCUCCGCCUGGCUUCACUGCAUUUGUGUUGUUGGCUUCGACCUGGAGCUGGGACAGGCAGUGGAGGUUAUUUAUCCUCAUCACUCUAAACUGUCAGAGAAAGAGAAAACAAGCAUCUGCUACCUUUCCUUCCCUGAUUCCAACUCAGGUUGCCUUGGCGAUACCCAGUUUUGCUUCAGAUUUCGUCAGGGUUCCAACAGGAAGUCAUCGCUUGGUGUCUUCCUUGAAACAACCGACCGGGAUGCCCCACCCUGUCUGAAGAGGGAACAGGGCCAUUACUAUGGUUACGUGUACUUCCGUCAGGUGCGAGACAAAUCCCUGAAGAGAGGAUACUUCCAGAAGUCUCUGGUCCUGAUCAGUAAGCUGCCCUACGUCACCUUCUUCCACUCGCUGCUGAAGAUCAUGGCUCCAGAAUACUUUGAGAAACAGGAACCCUGUCUGGAGGCUGCUUGUAACGACAUGGACCGCUGGCCAACACCCCAUCCUGGAAGAAUACUCACACUUCCAAUUAUGGGUGUGGUCAUCAAGGUUCGCAUCCCGACCUCUUACGACAAACCAGGAACAUCACAGCUAGUCCAGUCUGCUCAGAGUGACAGUCAGGUGUCCAUCGUGCUCCCAACCAUCCAUGAGGUCGACCUCUUCAGAUGUUUCUACCCAGUCUUCUUCCACAUACAGAUGCUGUGGGAGUUGGUGUUGCUGGGAGAAGCCCUUGUUGUCAUGGCGCCGUCGCCUGCAGAGUCGUCGGAUACCGUGCUAGCGUGCGUCAGCUGCAUCUCUCCUCUGCGUUAUAGCAGUGACUUCCGGCCGUACUUCACUAUCCACGACAGCGAGUUUAAGGAGUACACCACGAGGACGCAGGCUCCGCCGUCAGUCAUUCUGGGAGUGACCAAUCCUUUCUUUGCUAAAACGUUGCAGCACUGGCCGCACAUCAUCCGCAUCGGAGACAUGAAGCAAGCAGGAGAGAUGGCCAAGCAGAUGAAAGUCAAGAAACUGAAGAACCUCAAAACUCUGGACUCUAAACCCGGUGUGUACACUGCGUAUAAGCCAUAUCUCAACAAAGAUGAAGAAAUCAUCAAACAGCUCCAGAAGGGUGUUCAACAAAAGAGACCUUCACCGGCACAAAAUGCAAUUCUUCGACGCUACUUCUUAGAACUGACACAAAGCUUCAUCAUUCCACUGGAGCGGUACGUGGCCAGUCUGAUGCCGCUCCAGAAGUCCAUCAGUCCCUGGAAGAGUCCUCCUCAGCUGAGACCAUUCAUCUCGCAGGACUUCAUGAAGACGCUGGAGAAAGCUGGACCUCAGCUCACCUCCAGACUCAAAGGAGACUGGAUAGGACUCUACAGGCAUUUCCUCAAGUCUCCCAACUUUGACGGCUGGUUCCGCAACAGGAGGAGAGAGAUGACCCAGAAACUGGAGGCUCUGCACCUGGAGGCGCUGUGUGAGGAGGAUCUGCAGCAGAGAGUCCAGAUGCACUCGGAGGUGGAGACGGUUGAUCUGGUUCUGAAGCUCAAAGAUAAACUGACUCAGGCGGAGAGGGAGCAGCUCCCGGUGCGUCCGGGGACCGUGGCCAAACUGAGGGCCCACAUUGAUGCCGUCAUCCUGGCCCUACCAGAGGACCUGCAGGGCAUCCUCCACAAGCCCUCCACACCGUGACCAUUUUCUCAGUGCUCUGCAACUAUAACCCCACUAUGAGCUUGUUUUAAAGUUUGAAGGGUACUGGGUCUCUUCCCAAUUGGCUCCCAGGAUCCUUGGAGGGACCCUCAGAUGACUCUGACCGGGCCCCAGUUUGACGAUCUCAUCUGGUCUAGCAUUGAAAGCACACAGCAAGUUUUGGUUUCCUGAAAUAUACAUUCAACCUUAGGUUUAUUUACACGUUAUUCUCCCAGUUGGCUCAGUGAGAUUCAGACUGAAACCUCCCUCACGUCUCGGUGAUCGUGUGGUGUUCAAAUGACCAGCAGGAGGAGCCCGAGGAGCGCAAUAUAUAGGAGGAGGUGAAACAAGCAAUUAAAAAUGUUGAUGAGGAGACUUUAAGUAAAGAAAAGGAGCGCUUGAUUCGUCACAGAUUUGCUCUUGCAGCAUGCAGCACAAUACCAGAGUCUCUUCUGUGUGCAGAAUGAUUUGAAGCUAAGAGCAGGAAGAUGAACGCAGCUGACCUUUGACCCUCAGCAUUUUUACCUCUUGAGGUUUUUCAUUUUUACUUUUUUAAAUUUGACAAUACAGUGCUACAGUCCAGUGGAACUGACUCCUUUCAACCAUUUAAAUAAAAAAAAAAGGUUUUUUUAAAGAAGUGCACUUCAUCGCUCACUGGACCAGUGAGCCCUUCACACAGACGCCCACAAAAACACACUCGUGCAUUUGAUGCAAACAAAGUGAGCUGAGCAGAGCCAAGCAGUGCUUUAUUAUAACAUUUAAAUAGUUUCCAUUACAACACACACACACAGAGCAUUAAGCACCAGCGACCCUGUAAUAACUGUCUGGAAUAACGAUUAUUGUCUUGUGUUGUCAGGAGCCAAUCACAUCCAUGUAUACCUGUCACAUAAUCUUAUCAGAACAUUUAAAAUUGUCCUGAAAUGUUCAGAAAUCUUGCCAUGGGCUGUUGUCAUGUGUAUUUUUUUGGAAAACUGAAUCCAAACUUUUAGUCUUUACAGAAAGAAAAGAAAGUAUUUUGCCGGACUGUAAAACUGUAAAAACCCAGAUGGCAAAGAAGCUUAUGAAAAGAGAUAAAAUUAUAAGACAGCUAAAUGUACUAAAUGUAAGACGCUAUGUUAAAUGUUUAGAAUUAUGACAUUAACUGUCUUUCGGCUUUCUACAAAUUCAGAGGUUGUAAAUAUUAAGAAAUGCUUUUGUGGAAGUCUAAAGCCUGUGCUCAUGAGUUUGUGAAGAGGGAAUUCCAGUAGAGUUGAAGAAAAAGUAUGCAUUAAAAGAUCUCAAUUUCUGGAGCCCUUUGGAAACAGGCUUUAUUUUCAGAGUAACUAAAACUAAAGAAUGUUAUCAGAUGUGAAGCAUUAUUUAUUCCCAUUCAUUAUCCAGAGCUUCAGUCAUCCACCAUCUCCUCAACUUUGCUUCCCUGCUUCCAAAAGGAAGCAUGUAAAAAAAAGAUGUGCUUCUGAGUUUAGUCAUCUUUAUGGAUUCUUGUCUGCGUUCAUCAAGCACUACAGCUUGCAUUUUAAAAACUGAGCAUUAUUUUGGGGGAUAAAAGGAUGCUGGUGCCUUACUGUACAGUAUUUGAUUCAUUAAUCUCAGUGAAGUUCCUGUGAAGAUAACAUAAGAUGUGCUUAUUUAGCUACAGCGCAAGGCUCAAUGAUUGUUCUUGCACUAAAUUAAAUGACUUUGCUGAAGAACAGAUCUGAGUAACUCAGUCUGAUGAUCAUGCAUCUUGCUCAGGAUCGUCUAUGAUGCCUUCAGACAAAAGCAAAAAUAUGGCUGCAGUUUCGGAUAAAACCAGUAACUUCAAAGAUGCUUAGUUUAAACUUAAAACCUAGAAGGAGGAAGUACAAGUAACCCAACAAAUGUUUCUCUAAUAUCGUAAAUAAUAAGCAUUGCUCAGUCUUUUACAGCAUCAUUUUCAUGUUUCAUCUACCUAUAAUAUUCGAUUGACAGAAAACCACUUCAGGCUACAUUUUUGGAUUCAUUGGUUCGGGCAAUUUCGGUUUCAAACAAUUCAAUGUUCAUGUUUACAGAACAAUAGUUUAAUGUUUCUGGUCAAAUAUUAGAAUCUUUGAUAGGAUCUUGCAGCCGGCUAAAAUGUCAUGGACAUUCCUUGGCACCUAACAAUGUAAAACAUGAACAAAUGGUUUCUAUAAUGAGAGCAAUAACACGUCAUUUACUGAGUACGCUUUGUAUUUUUAGAGUGUGUCGACCUAUUAGCAUUUUCUAAAAUUGUAAUUAGUGGUCCCUCAUGACUGCAAAUACAGUUAGUAUGUGUGUUUGCAUUUCUAAAUACCACUUGUUUCAAAAUGUUAAAUGAACCUCUUGUCAAACAUACGGAUUGUGGGAGGGUUCCUUUUAAGCCUUCAUGUAAAAAAUGUUGUAGAUAAUUGCAAAACAAAACCUAAAUGAUGUGAUGGUUGAAAAAACCUGUGGCAUCUGGUUGUUGGGCAGCCAUGUAAGUUUUAUAUUUGUAAAGAAAAACUUAUUUUAACAAUUUUUAAUUUGUUUUUUAUGGAGGGCUAAUAUUCCACUGUAGAUAAUUAAGAGUUUUGUACAUGAUGGUGUAAAGUGCAAUGGUGGCCCAGAUGUACGCACAAUAAUAAUUUUGCUAUAACAAUAGAUGUCUUAAGUAAGUAUGGAUAAUCCAUAAAAUGUAAAUUCACCUUUCCUAGGCUGAUUACACAGUGUUGAGACACCCUGACAUUCUGAAUUUGUAGUAUUUGCAGAGACAAAUAACAUAACAUUUCUGCUUAUCCUAAAACACAUUGAAGCAAAAUCGUGCUUAUGAUUUACAAUAACUGACACAGUACGAUCUGAGGUCAACAAAGAGAUGAGAGCAAAAACACCUAUGGUCUGAUUUUUACGUGAUCUGACAGGCAUUGACUUAAAGAGUCCUCAGAUCUUUCACCUAAAUUAAGUUGCCACAUUGUAGAAUUACUACAGCAUUUUACCAUAUUAAAAAUAAAAAAUUACAAAUUACUUAAGAGCAUAUUGUUUUAUAAGCAUUGAUUUUUAAAGUUUUUGUUAUGUUGCAGCUGGGUAGCAUUUCAAAUCUAAGCACAGUUUUCUUUCGGUCUUUAACUUUUCCAUUUAACAAUAUAAUAUGUUAACUGUCUAGCUGGCUAUCUUCAAUAGACAGUUUAUUUUCGUAUGCCAUGGUAUAACUUCUAUCAAAUCAUUUUGAUUGUUACAUUAAAUAAGACACUACAAAUGCACAAUGUCAGCGUAAUCUAAUGAGAGCCAUCAUGUUGCUUAGCUACACAUUUCACUCCCAUGAAACGGUCACUGUUUUUGUUUUAUGAAGCCACUACUACUUAACCACUCUAAGGACCUGAAGGACAACGGUUUUAAUAAAAGUAUUAAUAAGUAGUGUUACAUGGAAAUGUGUGAAAUUGCUCUUGUUUUCACCACAUGAUGGCCUACAGCCUGCUUUGUUUUGUAAGCAUAUUAAAAUAUGUAUCAGUC